AAUAACAAUCCUCUUCAUCAAGAUUCCCUCUCGCUUUCUCUCUCUUAUUCAUUUCUAGUUUCUGGCAACAACAAGAAAUUUCAGAUAUCACCAACCCACAAGAGAAUUUCUUCUUCUUGUUGCUUAUCAUCAUGGAUGAUGAUGUAGUGCACCGAGUUUUACAAGAAGGUGGUCGGGAUUACUACCAACAAGCUCCCUCUACUUCCUCAUCGUCUCCAUCUAUUCUUCAAUCUCUUCCCCUUCAUGCGUCUUUUGAUCGUGGCUAUUACCUGUUGGUUAAAUCAAUUCAAGAGCUUAGAUCAAAAAAAGAAGGUAUUGUAGCCGUUGGCAUUGGUGGUCCUAGUGGAUCUGGUAAAUCGAGCUUGGCAGAGAAGGUGGCAUCGGUCAUUGGUUGUAGUGUCAUAUCAAUGGAAAACUACCGCAUCGGAGCUGAUGAAGGGAAUGAUUUGAAUUCAUUAGAUUUUGAUCUUCUAGUACAGAAUCUUCAGGAUUUGUUGAAAGGCAAAGAUAUAUCAACACCGGUGUUUGAUUUCCAACAAAAAAAACGCAUUGGAACUAAAGAGAUCAAGAGUAUUUUUGGGGUGGUGAUAGUUGACGGUACAUACGCUCUCCAUGCAAGACUACGCUCACUGCUAGAUAUUCGUGUAGCAGUGGUUGGUGGUGUUCAUUUUAGUUUACUUUCUAAAGUGCAAUAUGAUAUUGGAGAUCCUUGCUCAUUGGACAAUCUAAUUGAUAGCAUUUUCCCGUUGUUUAGGAAGCAUAUUGAACCAGAUCUUCACCAUGCACAGAUCAGAAUUAAUAAUAGUUUUGGUGCAUCAUUUAGAGAUUCAAUCUACAAGCUCAAAUGUAAAACUGAGUCAGAAAGUGGACAAUCAGCUUACCCUUUUCUGAAGAAGGAAGCACAGAUUGAUAACUUCAUUGAGAUGUACUUGAGGCCUCCAUCUGCAAGUGAGGUAGCAGGUGUUAACGAUUGGAUUAAGGUGCGGCAGAGUGGUAUCAGAUACUAUCUUUCACUGGGUGACCAAAGAAUUGUCGACAAAAAUUUCAUUAUUCGGCCAAAAGCCGAGUUCGAGGUCGGAAGAAUGACCCUGGGUGGUUUGCUGGCUUUGGGGUACAACGUCGUUGUCAGUUAUAAAAGGGCAUCUAAAUCAAUUAUUUAUGGAAAUCUUUCAAUAUCCUUGGAGACAAUAGACACUCUUGAUGAAACAUACCUAGUGCUCAGGGGCAGAGAUAGAAAAAUGGUUGAAUCAGAGGCAUCAAGGCUGGGCAUCACUGGGCCCUGGAUCACUAAAUCGUAUCUUGAAAUGAUUCUUGACAGCCAAGGUGUUCCACGCCUUAAUACUCCCCCUCCUUUGCCUAGCAUAUCUUCAGGCAUCCAUAGAGAAGCACCAAUUGUUGCUCCAAAGCCCCUUCGCAUUCGUCCAGAACUUGUCAACAGGGAUGAUGAUAUAUCUCAACCAUGGACUCGAUCCCCCACCAAAUCCAAAGUGGAGCCAGUCUUAGCUCCAUGGCGUUUCAUAUCAGAUGGUUCAGUUGUCGAUGGGUCUUCCAUUGAUCCUUCUUCUUUCAGGGAUACGCUGCAGCUUGCCCCAAUGCCUGAUUCUUUUGAUCUGGACAGGGGACUGCUUCUUGCUGUUCAAGCAAUACAGGCUUUGUUGGAGCACAAGGGCCUGCCAGUUAUAGUCGGAAUUGGAGGUCCGAGUGGGUCAGGAAAAACUAGUUUGGCUCGUAAAAUGGCAAAUAUUGUUGGUUGUGAAGUCAUUUCCCUUGAAAGCUAUUAUAAGUCUGAGCAAGUAAAGGACUUCAAGUAUGAUGACUUCAGAUCGCUUGAUCUGGCUUUACUCACAAAGAAUAUCAGUGAUAUCAGAAGAGGUCGGAAAGCAAAAGUACCUGUAUUCGAUUUGGAGAGUGGUGCUCGCAGUGGCUAUAAAGAACUUGAAGUUUCUGAAGAUUGUGGAGUGGUGAUAAUUGAAGGUGUCUACGCUUUGCACCCUGAUAUCAGAAAGUCGCUGGACCUCUGGGUGGCUGUUGUUGGAGGUGUUCAUUCGCAUCUCAUUUCUCGAGUUCACAGAGACAAAAGUAGAGCGGGAUGCUUUAUGUCUCAAAACGAGAUCAUGACGACAGUGUUUCCUAUGUUCCAGCUACACAUUGAACCACACCUCGUUCAUGCUCAUCUAAAAAUCCGUAAUGAUUUUGAUCCGGUGCUUUCCCCAGAGAGCUCAUUGUUUGUGUUAAAAAGCAACAAACAAGUGGCUUAUCAAGAUAUUUUGAAGUUGCUUGAUCCUGCAAAGAUUUGUAGCUCGGCUCAGAAUUUUAUUGAUAUAUAUUUAAGGCUUUCUGGAAUUCCAUCUAGUGGGCAGCUAACAGAGAGCGACUGUAUGAGGGUGAGAAUAUGUGAGGGGAGGUUCGCGCUGCUGAUAAGAGAGCCAAUAAGAGAAGGGGAUUUUGUAAUUCAACCCAAGGUGGACUUUGACAUCAGCAUCAGUACAGUCUCCGGUCUUCUUAAUCUUGGGUAUCAAGCUGUAGCUUACAUUGAAGCAUCUGCAUAUAUCUACCAAGAUGGAAAGCUUCUUAUAGAGGUUGAUCAUCUACAAGAUGUCCCAGGGCCCUAUAUACAGAUAAAAGGAGCAAGCAAAGAAGUUGUGGUGGCUGCUGGUUCAACACUUGAGCUGGAUGGUUCAUACACCACAAAGAGUUACCUUGAAAUAGUGCUGGAAAAAUUACCAGCAUCAGAUAGAAGUUCAAGUGGGAUUAAUGGUCAACAAGCUGCAAGAUUGCAAGAACUUGUUGACAACAUCCAAUCUCAGGGUGGCAGUUCAUCUUCGGAGUCCUCACCAAUUAGGGAGGUUGUUUCCCCCGUGGAAGGUGUGAUUGAAGAUAUGCAGUCAAGAAUCAAGAGACUCGAACGGUGGCAGGCAAUUAAUACAGUGCUAUGGACGUUCCUGAUGUCCGCGUUUGUUGGAUAUUCGCUCUAUCAGAGGAAGCGCCAAUAAUUGCAAGUUUUCUGGCGGCUUUAGAGUCCGAUACUGAUUCUUCAUGAACAUAUAAAGAAAAUCUAGAAACACCACAUGGAACGAUAUUGGAAGCUAACCCCUUCAGAAUUCUCGUCUAACAAAACACAUAGCAGUAACUUUAUUGUAUGCUUUCUGGUAAAUAACCCUUUCGGCUGUAAAACCUUUUCUCCGUCACAUAGAAAUGGUCAAAAUCCAAAGGCGAUAACGUUAUACUCGUAUUCUGCUUGUUGUAAGUUGUUUUCCGUUUCGGGUUUGAUCAUUUCUAGAGAAAACCAUAACCCUUUUUUUUCUUAUACCCUUCUCUGUGUACUGAAGAAAGCUUACAGAACAAUAAUAUCAUAAUUUGAAAAUAUUUAUUUCACCCUGUUGAACCUUCUUUUUGCUAAUUCUCUUGUGUUUGCAGUUCAUAUCAUAACCUAAUCUUGUAAGUAAUUAAUCAUGAAGCUGUUCAUGAGUCAAAAGUAGUGUUCUUUGUUUUGUUUUUAACUGUUUGGUAUGCAGAUGGGACUCGACAAGUGAAAAAGCUGUGCAAGGUUUUAGGAUUUUAAUUUGACAUGAAUAGUUUAGUAAUUUAUCAAUCUUGGUAGAUAUGUCAGAUUUUUGUUUCACCAAUUUUGGUGGGACCAAAAAAUGUGUUUUUUGUCGUACUCGGUUCUAUUUUUUAGUCUAAAUAUCGUAUAAACGUACA